UAUCCAUUGGUAGUUAAACUCGGCACGAUUUCGAGCGAUGGAACUGCGGACGUUUUUAGCUACGAUGAGGAUGACGCUGUUAUCGAUCCCAACCUAGAAAAGCAUCUAGCUCAUUUUGGUAUAGAUCCGAAGAAAUUGAAAAAGACGGAGAAAAGUACACUAGAAUUAGAGUUGGACAUGAAUCAAAAGUGGGAGUGGGCGAAAUGUCAAGAGGAUGGUGCAAGCUUGGAGAAUAUUUUCGGACCUGGAUACACCGGUUUGAUCAACAUCGGAUCUAGCUGUUAUAUGAAUUCGGUUUUGCAAUCUUUGCUCGUUGUUCCGUCAUUUGUAACGAGGUUUGUGGAUGGUGCUGGUCCGAUAUUAGCUAGGAUACCUCCUCUUGAUGUACAUCAUGACUUCAACGCACAAGUGGCUAAGUUAUUUUCUGCUAUGGCUAGUGGAGAUUAUUCGGUGGAAAAUAGCACCAUGAAUGGUAUCAAACCAUCACAGUUCAAACGAGUCGUUGCUGGAAAUCAUCCUGAGUUUUCUUCCAGUCGGCAACAGGAUGCAGAAGAGUAUGUCAGGUUCCUUUUGGACAAGAUUUCAUCGAACACACCUGUUGAGGUUCACGACCCAACUCUAUCAUUAAAAUUCAAGAUGGAAAGCAGAUUUGAGGAUAUUGCGUCUACUAUGGUGCGGUACACAGAUAGAGAAGAAACAGUGCUAGCUGUACCGGUUCCAAAGGCAGCGAUUAGGGCUGGAGAUGGAGAAGGCCAAAGAUCCACAGUUGCUCUUACUGAUUGUCUUCACGCUCUGUUUGAACCAGAAACGAUUGAGGACUUUGUAAGUCCUAUUACAAAGGAGAAGAGGGGAGCGCGAACGACUAUACGGUUCAAAACUUUUCCUGACUUCCUUUUCUUGCAAGCACAGAUCUGUCCGGUCUUCGAGGAAUUGGGAAAAAGGAGAAUGAGGACACUCCUCCCUGAUGACGCAACGGCAUCGCCACCUCCGGCGCUGCCAGACUAUGAUAGAUCUAUCGCGGAGCAGUUAGAAGCGAUGGGAUUCACGAGAAAUGCGUCGAUCAAAGCUGCAAUAGAGACUGGUAGAAGUGGAGGCGUCGAGGCAGCUGCCGAAUGGGUUAUGCUUCGUCUUGAUGAUCCGUCCCUUAAUGACCCACCAGCGGUCCCUGCUGGUCGUCCAGCUUCAGCAGGACCGGCGCACAUGGAAGGGCUCAAUGAGCUCGUAGCUUUUGGAUUCACGCCUCAUCAAGCUCGCUACGCAUUGAGCCGAAAUCCGGACGCAAACGCGGCUGCGGGGAGUGGUUUAUUUGUUCACGCUGAAGAAAUUCUUUUUAACGAUGAAAAAGUGGCAAUAUCGCAAAACCCACCUCGUCAAUUGGCCUAUCUCUAUCUAUUCCAAAGAGCAGAG